AUGUCGAAUAAAGUGGAAAGUAACGCAACUUUUAGAGUCCCACCAAAAGUAUUGUACAAUAGUUUCUUGGAUGAACAGGAUUUGACUAGACUUUCACUAGGAAGUAAAUGUGUAAUGGAUCCCAAAGAGGGUGGGAAGUUUUCAUUAUACAAUGGAUCAGUGGAAGGUCUGAAUGUUAAGUUGGAGAAAGAUAAAAAAAUCGAACAGAAAUGGAGAUUUAGCUCUUGGGAAGAAGGUGUUUAUUCAAAGGUUGUUAUUGAGUUUAGACCCCUAAUUGGAGAAGAUGACUGCACUGAGAUAGCAUUAGUUCAGACAGGAAUUCCAUCUCUAGAUAAAUUUGGAAACCCUGGAUGUCUUGAACAAUGUAUGAUAGGUUGGGAAAGGAAUUUUUGGGACCGUUUUGAAAAAAUUAUGGGGUACCCAAAAUUUAAAUAG